CAGUCGCACCGCGUCACUCCAGCGAGCGACGUCGUGUCACUCAGCAAUCUCAUUUUUAACUUUAAAUUUUCAUACAAUCAGUUUUCAUCGAGAAUUAUUAUCAAUCGACCGGCUGGAACCUUGACAACCAUUCUUCAACUCUCUUCUGGAUCGUUUUACUAAGAGUAAAAGGAAAAAUCAAGUGUAAUUGAAUUCUCUCUCGCGACGAAUCUUUGUGGUACACGUGCAAUAAAAGUGGGAUUCAAAUAUGAAUGGGAUUGGCGGACAGUGCACGAAAGUGAAUAGCGAGAUGAAGAUUUACGGCGGUAAGGAUGAGUCGACAGGCGUCAUCAAAAAACCUGCUGCAUUGAGAAAUGUUUCAUGGAGUGAAAAUAUGGAGGACUCUGAAAUUGAUGUGCCCGGAACGCCCAGGACACCCAGAACCUCCACCACACCAGGACACGAAAAAUGCACAUUUCAUCAUGACCUGGAAUUAGACCACCGUCCACCAACAAGAGAAGCUCUUCUUCCAGAAAUGUCCCGAAGUUACAGACUACUUUUAAAUUCUCUUGGAGAAAAUCCUGAUCGACAGGGACUUUUAAAAACACCAGAAAGGGCCGCCAAAGCCAUGUUAUUUUUCACUAAAGGAUACGACCAGAGUGUCGAAGAUAUUAUCAAUGACGCUGUUUUUGACGAGGACCACGACGAAAUGGUUGUAGUGAAAGACAUAGAAAUGUUCUCAAUGUGCGAGCAUCAUUUGGUACCAUUCUAUGGCAAAGUAUCCAUUGGGUAUCUUCCACAAAAAAAAAUUCUUGGACUCAGUAAAUUAGCCAGGAUUGUGGAAGUUUUCAGUCGUCGUUUACAAGUGCAAGAGCGACUUACAAAACAGAUAGCCAGUGCAGUUUCAAACGCCGUCCACCCAGCGGGGGUAGCCGUUGUCGUAGAAGGAGUGCACAUGUGUAUGGUCAUGAGAGGAGUCCAAAAAAUAAAUAGCAAAACUGUGACAUCUACUAUGCUCGGAGUGUUUCGAGACGAUCCAAAGACUCGAGAAGAAUUUCUCAACUUGGUUCAUUCUAAAUAGAAGUAUAACCUGCCAUCUUUUGGGAGCCGAAGAAUCGAUUAGAAAUAUCCUCCUGAACAGCAUCUCACAAACAUGACAAAAAAACUGUUUGAAAUUUGUUUACCGAGAAAUCAUGUCAUAAUACUUUUAUUAAGUUAAAAAAGCUGCCUUGAGUAGAUUCAACUCGGUGUUUGGAAACACUCAAGUUCAGUAGAGUGGAACUGAAAACGUAAGUUUCUUCCUAAAUGAACGGUACAUGAGCUGCUCAGAGCGUGACAUUUGAGACAAUAUUUGAAAAUUGUUUGCAAGUUUGAAAAUAAAGUUAUAAUAAUAUCACUAAAUACUCCAAAUUUUAUAAACUUCAAGGGUAAAUAUUGACUACCAGUUUCCAUAGUUUUAUUUGACAAUCCUUUCUUCAAGAUGACAAUGAAUGCUUAUCUAUGAUAUCAUAUGAUACAUGAUGCUGCAUCAAAUAAAACUAUGAAAACGAUAAAGACUUUCUGGCCAACCCAAUACAAGUGAUAAAAUUAUAUUUAAAUCAGAAAUAGAGUUUAAUUUUAAUAAACGUUUCAGACUUGUAAAUAAUUUAUAACUAAAACUAAUGGUUUAGCUGCAAGUUUCAUUAUCAGAGUUUCAAACAGAAAUCUUUUUAAAAAUAAAGUACCCUAUAAAACUUGCAGUUAUGCCAUAAAUAUUAAGAUUAAAUAACCUUUGGAAGGCACUAAAAGGGACAAUACUUUUGAUAAAUUCUCAAAUUUAUUAAUACUGAAUUAAACAAGUUAGUGUCGUCCAGAAGACUAUGAAGAUGCAAUGAAAGUCUAGAAUUUCAAACCUAUACAAAUUUUUAAUUUAUUAAAGAGAGUAAAACUGUUAUUCUAAACAUUUUGACAUUACACGUAAGGUGGAACAGCCAUGCACUUUGCGAGAAAAUGUCGAGAGUUGCCGAUUAUUUAGUAUAAUGACUCGAAAUCUACUAAAGUUUUAAUUCAAGUUGAUUAGACUUUUCUUCAAUGGGACCUAUUAUUGUAAUGAAUGUUUUGCGAAAUUGGUUAUAGGAAACAAAUUGCAAUAGAGACGGUGUGGUACUUAAUAAUUACUUAAUUCAUUUGAGAGAAAUCGCUAUUGAAAUAUUAUUUAUCCGAAAAAAGUGAAUGCCGCACUCGACGUUACCAAAAAAUGUACAUCGAUGCCUAUCAUAAUGAUCGAAUUAGCACAAUUAGAACGAUUGUGAUUAAAUACAAAUUCAAACUAUUUAUAAAAAGGCCGUGUCUAGUCGCAAAAUUUAGGACAAAUAGCCAAAAUUGUAUCGCUAUGUCGCCUAUUCGUUUGGAUUCGCCCGGCGAAUAGUCCGAAAAAAGGGAACGGGAGGCUAGUCGUUAGAAAAUAUUCCGGUCUUUAAACUUAGUUUCUUCCCAUACACGCAGAAAAAUGUGUUUUUCAUUUGUUUCUGUUAUGGUUUUAAUUAACUGCAAUGAUUAUUAUCGAUUUAAUUAUAGGUAAUAUAAUCAGUUUUAGGUUUAUUUACCAAAUUUAAUUGAUAUACUGAAAUGCACUUGAAAAUUAUAUAAAUUAUUCACUUAAGUUCAAAAAUAUCUUCAAUUAUAUACAUAUACAUUAUUUAUAUUAAACAAUUGCGAAGUUUUUGUUGACAAGGGCAUUAGAAAUUCAGCAACUCAGCCAUUUGCUGCACUUUUUGUCAGGAAUUAUUUUAAGAUAUAAUGUAUUAAGAAGGUGAAGGAACUAUGAAAAAUUGAUACUUUAGCUUUAGUAUUCUAAUUGAAAGAUGUUGAGGAAUGCUGUAAUUUUGAUUGUAUGAUUUCGAGCAACCGAAUCUCCAUUACUGCCACUCACAAGUACAAUUAUUUAUAUAUGAUUAUUAAUCAUUUACAGGCAUAGUAUUCGUAAUUUCAAAUAUAUGUUAUCCUCGAGUUUGGAAUCCAUUUUCUGAAAGUUUACCAAUUAAAACUCUGAAACAUUUUCGGAAAUCGAUUCCCAAAUGAUUCCAUUUGUAAUAUUUUUAUAAACUAAUUUUUUUAAAUUAUUAAAAUUUUAUAAACUAAACCGAAACAGAAAAUAUUUCUGAGAUAUUUGAAAUAUUGUAUAAUUAAAGCUUUUCAACGAAUUUCUUUAAAGUGAUAAAGAGUCUUCGAGUGGUUUGACCAAUGUUUGACGACGAGAUUAUGGAACGUUAUUUGCGACGAUUUAUGAGAGUUUAAUAUAUUUAUCAUAUUUUUCUGACAAUAUAUAAAAUAUAUUUAUAUUUUAAAUA